UGCUGUUUUUUUGUCACAAACCAGGAAGUAAUUUACAGGACCGCAGCCCCAGCUGCACUUCACAAUAUGUCAUGAUCAGACUGAAGAUUUACUGAACGUUUCAGGAUGGCUGAGAACAGCCUUGAUGAGCGAAGUUUGGAAAUUCUUGGGAUUCCUGAUGAUUUUGACCAGGACUUACUCUGGCUCUACCUUGAAAACAAGCGCCGCUCUGGAGGAGGAGAUGUGGAGUCUCUGGACAGAUGUGGAAACAAAGUGUUGGUGGUAUUUAAAGAUGAAGAGGCUGCAGCCGGGGUUCUUUCCAAAGGGUCCCAUGCUCUCCAUGACUCCAGAUUUACAGUGAGGAGGAAACCACCGAAAGACCCAGGAAAGCUGUUGCUAAAAGGGCUUAAUCCAAACACUGGUCUGGAUUUUUUAGAACUUUACACGGAAAACAUCACUGAGAUGGAAGGUGGAACAGACUUCUCUCUGUAUCUGUCUCCAAGCAAAGACCAGGUUCUAAUACAUCUACACAAACCUUUGACAAAAGAUUUCCAGAUGAUUAAAGAAAAAGUUUCUAAGAAGAGUCUGGACGGAGCAAAGAUCUACUUGGAGCAGGUGGAAUCAACAGACUCCAUUUUGGUGACCAAUCUGUCUCCCAACACCACAGAAGACAUGCUGGAGCUCUACUUUGGAAGUAGCCGUGGUGGAAGUGAAGAAGUCCUAGGAAUUAGCAGGCUGGCUGAAGGAUGCGCUAAAGUGUCCUUCAAGGAUGUUAAAUCGGUGGACAAUGUUCUUCAGAAAUCACAUAACCUGGAGGGUUCAGAUUUAGUAGUUAAGCCGUAUUUUGACUUUCUGCAAGUGGUGACUGAUCAGACACCUGUGAGAGUUCAAAAUGGCCAAGGAACAUCACUGGAUGUGACGGACCAGGAUAAGACUGGAAUCAGCCCCGUCUUAAACCAAAGUCCUACAGUUUCCAACCCAACAGUGGUUACCAAUUUAGAAAAGAGCGCUGGUCCCACAAACAACAUCAUAAAUUUAGUGGUAAAUUCAUUUAGUAGAAGUGCUGAGCCUGCGAGUGUUGCUGCACGAUCAACAGAUGUUGAGCCCAUGGACAUUGAUUCCAUGGAUCUUGACCUACCUAGGCAAAAGGAAUGUGUUAGUUUUAUAGCUGUGCCUGACAAAGCCAUACAUCAGCUCAUUGGUUUGAGUAAUCUCCCUGAGAACCUUACAAAAGCUCACCCCAAUUUUGACAUCCGUCUUAGUCAAGAUGGCGUCCAAAUCAAAGGCCCUGACGACAUUGAGGUCGAAAGACUCAAAAACAAAGUGCUGGAGUUCCUGAGCGGUGUCACACAGUCCCACCUGACAUACGACAAACUCAAAGCCGAUUUUCUUGGAAGACAGGAUAUUAAAAACAAGCUUCAUUUGUCUUUGAAAGCUUUAGCAUCAAUUUACAGAGUGUCAGACUGUACGGUGACUGUAACAUCGUCAUCUCAAAGCGCAGUUGACCAGGUUCGAGAUCUGAUAGAGUCCCACAUAUCUGAGUUUACUGUUCCCCUGGCCAGAGAAUACGAGAGCGUGCUCUUCACACAGGAAUGUUCAGACUUCCUGGGCUCUCUGGACUUCUGCUGUGCCAGAGUGUCUGACACUGGCGAAGUCAUUACUGCGGUCACCCUGAAAGGGAUGGAAAAGGAGAAGCUAGAGAAGAUUGUUCACUUUCUCAGCACACCAAUCCAGAAGGAAUGCAUUCUGGCGAUGGAACCAGGAAUGCUAACGUUUCUGCAGCUCCAUUAUCAAGAUCUACUGGCAGACAUGGGACAGGUUAUGAUAUUACCACUGGAGACUGGAGAUGGAUUGAGUGUCCAGGGAGAUCUGAGUGCAUGUCAGAUGGCGGAGGAAGUGUUGACGGGUAUUAUCGGCUCGACGUGCACAAGGAGCAUUGUGGUGAACCAGCCUGGCAUUUCCCGUUUCCUACUGGAGGAGGGUGCCAGCAUACUGGCAGAGAUGACAGCCAAGUUCCAGGUCUACAUUAAUAUAGAGAAAGUGCACUGGAAACCUCUAGAAGACAAUGACAUAUUCGAGCAGGCAUGGAAAAUGACAACGUGUCAGAACUUUAAGAGAAGUUCUUCUGUAGCUUCUGUUCAGAACUUUAAUGUUAGAGCUCCAAAUGUCUCUGCCGAUGUCCACACAUCAGCUCGUAUUGAAGAAGCUAAGAAGAUCUUGUCAGUUGUUGGCAGAGAUCUCUCCCCCCAACCUUCCGGUUUAGGAGCCACAGACAUGGAAGAGGAAGAUCUGUAUUCCGAUCUGGGCCAAGACGCCUCCGCAAUGCAGGAAGAUGAAGCUGACCUACCUCGUGCACUGCAGACCCUUCAGAGUUUCUCUACACCCUUGAUGGCAUGCAGUCUCGAAGAAGACGCAACGCUCUCAUUGGCCAUUCAGCUGUCUAUGGAGAUCAAUCAGAAAACGGACACAGAUGACCUUCAGAUGGCUCUGGACCUUUCCAGGAGCGAUUCCAUUCCAUCUGAGGAGAACUCGCAGCUUGAGAACGCUGUCGAAAUGUCAUUGGAGGAUGACAUCAGAUCUGCCAACAAAGCUGAGAUCUUCGUCUACGCGAGCUACACCCAUGAUCUUGUUAGGGUGGACAUCGCGUUAGGGAAGAAGGUGGGUCUUCGGCAGAGCAAGGAGAAGGUGGAAGACAAGAACCUCCGGAAGCUUUCCUCCCUCCAGAAGAGAUGCAUAGAGCUUAUUAAAAGAAAGUGUGCCGUGGAGAUCAGCAUACAGGGUACUACUGCUAUCGUCUCUGGCUUUAAAGACUACGUCUCUGAGGCCGUGUAUGACCUGAAGAACUUCCUGAAAAGACCAGUGAACAACAUGAGCGACGCAGAAAUCGUAAAGACCCUACAGUGGGUGUGGCACGAGGAGGGGUCAUCCACGAUGAUUCCGUAUCCACCAGAUGCCACAGUGUUCAUUGAGAACGCUUGGAAGAUGAAACAGAAGACGAUUGACAUUCUGUUUGACAAUCAGCCAUACACAAUUGACUUUGAAAGGAUGGAGGAGCAUAGUUUGGCAUCUGGGAAGUCUGCGCCUGUUAAACGGAAAAUUAUAAGCACUGAGGACUUGUACACAGAUGGCGCAGAUGAAGAUUACAGUCUGCUGUCCAACAUGCCUGAAGCAUCUAAAUUGAAUGAAGACUCUGAUGAAUUUCAGAAUGUGGUCAAAGAGUUUUAUGAUACCAUUCAGGACUACCACAACAAGAUCAAAAUCAUUAAGGUUGAGAAGCUCAUGAACAAACUUCUGUAUGACCAGUACAGGCUGAAAAAAGCCAGUAUGCUGUCCAGCUCCUCCGACUCUGAGGUGGAACGGACCCUCUACCACGGCACCAGUGAAACCAGUGUGAAAGAGAUCUUUAUUCACGGCUUCAACAGGAGCUUCUGUGGAAAAAACGCGACUGUGUAUGGUCAGGGUGUGUACUUUGCAGUGAACUCUGGUUUGUCUGUACUGGACACCUACUCCCCACCCAAUGCAGAUGGGCACAAGUUUAUUUUUAUGGCCAAAGUGCUCACCGGAGACUUCACAGAGGGCAAACACGAGAUGAAAACUGCUCCACUGAAGGAGAAUACAUCUGAACUCAUCAGAUACCACAGUGUGACAGAUAAAGUGAGAUCUCCUACUUUGUUUGUCAUCUUCAAUGACACACAGGCCUAUCCGGGGUACCUUAUUACAUGCAAGAAGAUUUACAGAUAAUAUGAGAAUGUGUUGCGUCUUUAAUCAAUAUGCAUGCUUUUUCUUGCUGACAUUUUUUCUUUAAAACACAUUUAAUCUAAAUUCCAGUUAUGGGCUGUAAAUGUUUAUGUAUUUUUCAGAAUAUUUAGAUAAUUCUUCCGGUCAUUGUAUUAUCAUAAAAAAUGACUGUUUGCUGCUCUGUCAGAUUAAUGGAUUGUCUUAUUAGAUUUUGGAUGUCUUUGUAGUAGGUUUAUGCUGGAAUUAAUUAAUUUCGCAAUCUUUUGUUUUGCAUUGCUGCUCUUACUUAUCAAAUAAAGCACACAUUAUGUAUCACAAACUGUAUUCCAUUAUGAAUUCAUUGUAACAUGUUUGAAUAUG